AUGGCGCAAUCAGGAAGCAACAAUAGAGUAGGCGUGCAUUAUAAAGUGGGCAAGAAAAUCGGAGAAGGGUCAUUCGGUAUCAUCUUCGAAGGAAUUAACCUUCUCAACAAUCAGCAGGUUGCCAUCAAAUUCGAGCCUCGCAAAUGUGAGGCACCUCAGUUGCGUGAUGAAUACCGCUCUUACCGUAUCCUCUGCGAGGCUAAGGGUGUACCUAGAGCGUAUUUCUUUGGCCAGGAGGGCGUCCACAACAUCUUGGUGAUUGACCUUUUGGGACCCUCCCUCGAGGACUUGUUCGACUGGUGCAACCGCAAGUUCUCCACCAAGACGGUGGUGCAAGUGGCCAAGCAGAUGAUUGAAAGAAUCCAGGCUAUUCAUGACCAUAAUCUCAUCUAUAGAGACGUGAAGCCUGAUAACUUUCUCAUUGGCAAACCUGACACCCCUUACGCAAACAUGGUGUACAUUGUAGACUUUGGCAUGGCUAAGCAGUACCGAGACCCCAAGACAAAGACCCACAUACCUUAUAGAGAGAAGAAAGCUCUCAGUGGAACUGCCAGGUACAUGUCGAUAAACACGCAUUUGGGCCGUGAGCAGCUGAGAAGAGACGAUUUGGAGAGUCUCGGCCAUGUGUUCAUGUACUUCUUGAGAGGAUCCUUACCAUGGCAAGGACUCAAGGCACCUACCAACAAGCAGAAGUACGAGAAAAUUGGAAUGAAGAAGCAAACUACAUCCAUAAAUGAGCUCUGUUAUGGAUUCCCCAUUCAAUUUGCCCAGUAUUUGACUUACGUACGAAACCUCAAAUUCGAUGAGGACCCGGACUACGCUUACUUAAUUGGCUUGAUGGACAAGGCGCUCAUAUCUAUAGACGAAACCGAGGACGGACAUUUUGACUGGAUGGAUUUGAAUGGAGGCAGAGGCUGGGAUGCGGCUCUUAAUAAGAAAGCCAAUUUGCACGGUUAUGGAAACCCACAUCCUCCUCAGAGGGCUCGGAAGACCAAUCCUCCAAACAAUACCAAUGGAACCUCUCAAGGGCGCAAGUCUCCAUUCCACAACUCGCAGGGCGGAAAGGGGCUCCCUCAGAAUGGUUCUCAACAGCGUCUUUCCCGUUCUCACUCAGUGACCUACGGUAACUACAACUCGAUUCUGGAGGAUGGUGCACAAGGAUUCCGGAGUGGAGGCGGUCCUUUCCUGAACGGAAUGAUCCCUGUCCACGACGAUGCUGACUUACAUUCAGAUACGUCCAGCUUUAAUGCUCGUCGCAAACAGAGAUCGUUCUUACGAAGGCUCUUUUGCUGUUUCUAG